UUGGUAUGGUUAGAAAGGUCAUUCCUCUUCCCUUGAUGCCUGACAACGAUCCAAGGAAGCAAGAGUUGAAGAAACUACAAGCAAAACAGGAAGAAAUUGAUGUGUUAGCACACAAGCAAGUCCGUCACAUCCUUUGGGCAGGGCUCGGGCUCUCACUUACACAAGCGUCACUAUUUUUCCGUCUAACUUUCUGGGAAUUCUCAUGGGAUGUUAUGGAACCAAUCACAUUCUUCACCACCUCUUCCGGUUUAAUUUUAGGUUAUGCUUAUUUUCUCUUCACUUCAAGGGAUCCCAGUUAUGAAGAUUUUAUGAAGAGGCUAUUUUUGUCACGUCGCAGAAAGCUCAUGAAGAAACACAAUUUUGAUGUACAAAGAUUCACAGAGCUUCAGAAGAAAUGCAGACCGUUGGAUGAUCCUUUUAGCAGAAUAUCUGCUUGUAGGGGUGGCACUGGAAAUUCAGGAUCUGUUGCGUCUCAUCCUCGAAAUACUUUCUUUUGAG